UGCUGAUAAUAUCCAAUCUGCUAUAUCGUAAUGCUGGGAUCAAAUUCGUUCUGUUCGCAGGAGAUCAUAGAAACACAGUACAGUUUCUUUAGUAGACCCAUUAUACCAACGUGCCAUCCUUCAGAUUCGAAGCAAGCCGAGAAAACACAAAGGGAAGCCCCCGGAGAUAGAAGAUCUUCACGAUCUUGCUGUUCGCCGAAUAUGCAGCAGGGUUCUGGAGUGGAGGCCGAGGUUACAUGGGAAGACCAGCAGAACAUCAACCGCUUUGGUAGACUCAACAGCAGAUUCCACGAGCUUGAAGAUGAGAUCAAAGCCAGCAAGGAAAUGAGUGAGAACCUGGAGGAUGCCAGCAAUGAGCUGAUUCUGUCAGAUGAAGACAUGGUGAGGUUCCAAAUGGGGGAGGUUUUCACUCACAUGCCAAGGGAAGAUGUUGAGAAUAGACUGGAAAAGAUGAAAGAGGAGGUCGGUAAGAAUUUGGAGAAGCUGGAGGAUGAGAAGUCCUCGGUAUUAUUGCAGAUGGCCGAUCUGAAGAAGAUUCUGUAUGGAAAAUUCAAGGACUCCAUCAAUUUGGAGGAGGAUUAAUAAGAACAAAAUUAUGUUGUCUCUUCGUUGGACUUUAUCGAUUGUGACGAAGGUCUAUUUCAUAGCUUUUGCUUGGAUUUAGGACAGUUUUGUGUCGCUUCUAAUUAUGGGAUAUAUAUUGAUGGGCGUGAAGAGUUUAACCUAGAACCAUGGGCUACUCUGUCAAAGGUUAUUUCCCUGAUGUAAUGAAUUUUGUUCUGGAAGUUAAAUUUUCCUGCUGAAAUUGCUUUGUC